ACAACAAAUCAAAAGAAACAAAAGAAAAUGAAGAAGGUGGGAUAUAAAAAGGAGCAGCCAUUGAUUUGUCUUCUUUUCUUGACGACGACUUGAACUGCUCCAACAAAAAAAUCCAAAAGGAUGAGUUCCGAUCAACGGUGGAGACUACUCCGACCAACAUUCUCCAUCAUCUUCCUCUUCUUUCUUCCUCACAAUCUCACCUUUGGUCUCUGUUUCAGCACAGAUGCAAUGGCGCUAAUGAAAUUCAAAGAGAGAAUAGAAAGAGACCCGUUUGGAGCUCUGAUGAAUUGGGGAGAGCUUUCUCAUUGUUCUUGGUCCGGUGUUGUCUGUUCACAUGAUGGAAGAGUUGUCAUCUUAAAUUUACGAGAUCUCUCCCUACAAGGAACAAUUGCACCAGAACUCGGAAACUUAACUCACUUGAAAUCCCUUAUUCUUAGAAACAAUUCAUUUUCCGGGAUAGUACCUGAGGAGGUAACAGAAUUGCAGGAGCUUGAGACCUUGGAUUUGUGUGACAACAACUUUGGCCAACCAUUUCUCUUCGGUCGCAGGCUUCUUCAGAUACCUCCCCCUGGUGGCUUUGAUGCAGUUCCCCCGUUACCUUCUCCUUCACCAUCGCCUACGGAGGAAGAGGAAGUCCCCAUAAAUUUUCCUUCCUUCCUUCCCCCUCCUACUGCAUCCCAAGCCCCUCCGCGGAUGAAACGUGCAAACCCUCCUACUGAAAUCCAAGCCAAUACCCCAAACCCGCCUCCAGUAUUCCCUCCACCAGCUCAGUCUCCACCCCCUCAGCUUUCAGGUGUGCCUCAUGAUGGCAACAAUAAGAGAUCUCAUAAGACUUACAUAAUAGUUGGAGUGCUAGUAGGUGUAGUUGGCGUCAUGGUUGUAUUGGUGAUCUUCUUUCUUCUCUGGAACCAAAAGGUAAAAAUGAUAAAGCCAUGGGGGGCAACUGGGAGCAGUGGCCAGCUUCAAGAUGUUGUGAUUACAGAUAUUCCUAAGCUGAAGCUAUCAGAACUAGAAGCUGCCUGUGAAGAUUUCAGUAACAUCAUAGGCUCCACAUCCUCAGACGCAACCAUUUACAAAGGCACUCUCUCCACCGGUUCUGAAAUCGCCGUUCUAGCAGUCGCAUCUGGUUCCCUCCAAGACUGGUCAGUGGAUCACGAAACACAGUUCCAAGAGAAGGUAACAUCAGAAACCUCCUUCUACACUCUAGUUUUAUUUCUACUCUUCUUUAAACACACAUACAAUCCAACAAUGCAGAUACAGAGGUUAUCUCAAGUGAACCACAAGAACUUCCUCAAUGUAAUCGGAUACUGCCAUGAAGAUGAACCCUUCAACAGAAUGCUAGUUUUCGAAUACGCUCCUAACGGAUCCCUCUUCGAGCAUCUGCACGACCAAGACGCAGAGCAGUUGGAUUGGCCAAUGAGAAUGAGAAUCGUAAUGGGAAUUGCUUACUGUGUAGAACAUAUGCACAAUCUAAACCCUAAACCCAUCUCACACACCAACCUCAACUCCUCUUCAGUCAACUUGGCAACAGAUUACGCAGCUAAAGUCUCAGACUUUACAUUCCUCAGCACUACUUCAGUUGAACCCAUGACCAACGUUGUUAGCUUCGCCACCCUUCUGCAGGAGAUCAUCACCGGAAAGAUCCCGGAUCCGGAUUCUUUGCUCCACGACGAAACCAAUCCUGUUGCAGACCCGACUUUGGAAAGCUUUCAGGAGGAGGAGGUGAUGGAGAAGAUGUGGGAAGUGGUUAGAGAGUGUUUGAAUCAGAAGAUGGAAAUGAAAGAAGUGGUGGUUAAGCUGAGAGAUAUCACCGGAAUAACUGCGGAAGCUGCGUUGCCGAGUCGAUCUCCGGCGUGGUGGGCGGAACUGGAGAUCAUAUCCACCGAAGUGUAGAUAUAUAUAUCAAUUGCACAGUAAUGUAAUGUAUCAUCUCUUGUCUCUCUUUCUCUCUGCAAAUUGAAGUCUAAAGAUUAUUUUUUUCCUUUUUCUGGGUUUUGUUUGGAUCAAUAUUUAGACAAAAUUUGUGUUUUGAAACCUUAAUCAUGUAGUAGUAGUUCUUGUCU